UUAUUCCGCUUGUUAGAAGUAGUCGAGCAGCGACAUCAGACAAGCGAGGAUUUAUUCACAUACCUGUUAAACGAGAUGAUGGAAUAACACUAACGAAUAAUCAUCAUCAUAAUAAUAAUAAUAAUGUUCGUUCAGUACCAGUUACUUUUAUUAAUGAAACAAGUUCAUUAUUAACAAAUAGCAAUGAUCUUGGUGGAGAUACAAGUCCUCCACCUCGUUAUGCCAGUCUUCUGCGACCAACUCCAAAAUAUUUUCAUCGUCGUUCAAGUAAUAAUCAUAAUAUCAAUGAUGAAUCAAUAGAAAAUAUGCCUCGUUUACCGACUGUUUCACGUCGGUUAAAUCUUACAAUACCAGUAAUGACAACAACAACAGCUGAUGAUGACGAUGUUGCAAUGAGACACAAUAAUGUAUCAUCGCUUCCUGUUCGUCCAAUUCCAAUUCGUCUUUCACAAUCAUCAAAUACUGCAUCUAUACCAACAAAUACUUCUCGUCUAUCAAAUACUAUACUUCGUUCAUCAUCCCAAUCAAAUAAUAGUUUACUACGUCAAAAAAGUGAUUUAAUAAAUACAUCAUCAUCAGAUUUAACACAUUUACCACCAAAUACACCACCUACACGUCGAGCUGAAGCUAUGGCACGUGAAGCUAUUCAAGGUAUUGCUCGAUUUCAACAACAACAACAACAACAACGACGUGGAUCAUUAUUAUCCGAAAAUGGUAGUGAGCUAUCAGGUCGAUCACCUGUAUUAUCUCGUCGUGUUAUUAUCAACUUAAAAAAUAAUCAAUCUGUUUCACUUGAUAGUCGUAUAUCAUCUGCAAAUUCAUUAUCAGCGAAACCACCUGUGGUUCCAUCCCCUUCUCGUAUAACACAACGAAAUAAUGUUUAUCAUAUACCUGUUUUACAUGAAAUUCAAGUACCUCCACAUCCAGCAACAAUUGCUGCUGAAAGUUUUCUUCAUUUUCCACGAUCUCCUUCAACUAGUAAUCUGAAUACUAAUAGUUAUAAAAAUGAAUUUCGUAUGGAAAUUCCAGUUACAGUUAUUACUAAUUCUGAUCAGGAGAAUUAUAUGCAAGGAAAUUACCGUAGGUCAUCAGAUGGACUCAUGGAUUAUGAUCCAAAUAUAACGAUCAUGUCUGAACGUACUCCAUCUGCUAGUUCAACUCAAACACUUAAAUCAAUUUUAAAAAGAUCCGCAUCAAGAGACUCUGUUUUAAGAAAAAAUGUUAGUUUUAUGAAUGCCUAA